AUGGACGUACUUAAUCCAAUGACUUAUGAUGCUGAAGAAGAUCAAUUACGUGAACGAACAAAAUAUAGUCAAAUGGAUAAACUUCUUAUACCAGCAGAAUUUCAACAACAACCAGUAUCAACUGGUACAACAAUUGUUGCUGUUGAAUAUGAUGGAGGAGUAAUCAUUGGUGCUGAUACACGUACUUCAGCAGGAUCGUUUGUUAUGAAUCGAUUUACAGAUAAAUUAACACCGUUAACUGAUCGAAUAUUUUGUCUUCGAUCUGGUAGUGCUGCAGAUACACAAACUAUUGCUCAAGUGGUUACAUAUCAACUUGAUUUUCUUUCAGCAGAGAUGAAUGAACCACCACUUGUACGCAUUGCUGCUAAUUGUGUUCGUCGUUUAAUUUAUCAAUAUCGUGAUGAUUUUGUUGCUGGUAUGAUUGUUGCUGGAUGGGAUAAAAAACUCGGUGGCCAAGUUUAUUCUUGUCCAAUUGGUGGUUUACUUGUUCGACAACCAGUUACACUCGGUGGUUCGGGUAGUACAUAUAUUUGGGGUUAUCUCGAUAAUAAUUAUCGAUCAAACAUGACAAAACAAGAAUGUUUUGAUUUUGUAUUAAAAGGUAUAACAUUGGCUAUAACACGCGAUGGUUCAAGUGGUGGUUGUGCUCGUUUAGCUAUAAUUGAUAAAGACGGUGUUGAACGUGUUGAUGUCCUUGGAAAUGAUUUACCAAAAGUUUUCGAUCUUUAA